UCCUCCCCGACAACAGUUCCCGACCUCCGACGAGAUCUCAGGCUGCCACACUAAAGAGGAACAAAAAGGCGAUCUGACAGCGCUUUCUGCACUCCCUCCACUUUCUCCGGGGUAGUCACGGGAUUUCAAUGUUCAGCUUGCUCUUUGGUUUCUGUGUUGACUUGAGCCGUACCUAUAUGGCGUGUGUGAGCGGAGAGUUCUGCCAGGCACAGCACCUCACCUCUGUGGAGAAGUGAAUCGGCCGCCCCCCGAGGGACUACGCUACCCAGAAACCCCCCUGACUGCCAGCGCACUAGGAACUGCUGACUUUUCCCAAAGGCCCUCUGGGAUAUUGCGUAGCCCUUGGCCUGAUUGCUCUGCCCUGUCCCAACCGAUACGAAAAACCUUUGCUUUCUACUUUCUUCUUGAACAGCCAAUCACAAACAGCUCUCCUGAAUGGGCCGUCUCGCCAACAUGAACCGCCCCGCUGCAGUUGAGAUUGUCUACGAGUGCAUGAGGUUCCUCAUCACCCACAACCCCACCAAUGCCACACUUAACAAGUUCACCGAGGUAUGCUUGCGUUUGUGUUAUAGCUGUUUAUCAGAUUGCCAGGGCUCUGUCUCAAAUGCUCCCUUUCACUUUUUCUGCCAGGAACUGAAAAAAUUUGAGGUGAACACUCUGGUUAGAGUUUGUGACGCCACCUAUGAUAAGGCUCCAGUAGAGAAAGAGGGGAUACAGGUCUUGGACUGGCCUUUUGAUGAUGGUGCCCCUCCUCCCACCCAGAUCGUGGAUAACUGGCUCAAGUUGCUCAACACCAAAUUUCGAGAGCAACCCGGCUGCUGCAUUGCCGUACACUGUGUGGCAGGCCUCGGACGAGCUCCAGUCUUGGUGGCCUUAGCCCUCAUUGAGUGUGGGAUGAAGUAUGAGGAUGCUGUGCAGUUCAUAAGACAGAAGAGACGUGGAGCCUUCAACUCCAAACAGCUUCUUUACCUCGAGAAAUACAGACCCAAAAUGCGUCUGCGGUUCAAGGAUACCAAUGGCCACAACUGCUGCGUGCAGUAGGCUGCCUGUCAGUGCGUCUUUCUUAUGCACAUCUAGUGGGGAAUCUUCCGAUAACGGGAGAGAUUUAAAAAGAAAAUACAAAACAAAACACGGAGAGUGCUAUCAGUAAUUAUUGUGAUGAUUUGUUAACACUGAGUCAUGGUUAAUUGAGAAGGAAGCGAGUGAUCAAAUGAAUGAAUCCAGAUCUGGGGAUCCACCAGCCGAACCAAUGAAUGGAAGGUUAAAGCACACAGAUAGGCCCGCCACCCGGUUUAUACUGUUCAACCACGGGCCAGAAUUUUUCAACUUGAGUCCAUCCUGUUUCUUAUGGGGUUUUUAUUUUACUUUUGUUUUUGUUCCAGUUUUAAUCAUGGGAUAACAGUUUCCAUUUUUUGUGAAUGUUUAUUUUUACACAAAUGUGGUGAUGAAAUUAUAUAUUCUCAUUUUGAUUUCCACUAAUUAUUGAUAUUUUAUAAUUGGGCCAGAACGACAUACUUUUUUUUUUUUUUUUUUUUUCUUUCCUUUUUUUUUUUUUAAACACACAUUGUGACUGUCUGUCUUUUUUGCACAAAACUCAAAGGUUCACCUGAAAAAUGCAGUAAUGUUUUUUCUUCUUACCCUUCACUUGCUUUAAUGUCACUUUCAGUUUAGGGGGUCACUGAGUUUGAAUAUGUCUGUAAUAUUUAUUCACAAGAUAUAUGUGUGGCAGUUAAGAGUUUGGCAGGGGCUAGGACACUUUGUCAUCCAAUAGUUUUAGUUUUAUCCAUUUGAGAGCCAUGUCUUUUUCUCUUUUUUUUCUUCUUCCUUUUUUUUUUUUUUUUCUUUUUUCUUUUUUCUUUAAAUCUUGUUGGAGUGCAAUAAUCAGUCCACCUCAGAUAUGUCCGCCAAACCCUGCUGAGUGUCCUACACACACAUACACACAAACUUCAGAUUAUCAUCCAGGCCGUUUAAAAAAACAAAAAACAAACAAAAAAAAAAAAAUACAACAACAAAAAACAAAAA